CCUGGGAAUUUUUUCUCGCCUUGAUUGGCUUUUUUUCUUCUUUGACGAAGCCCUCACUGGCCCGCCUGCCCAUCCGCAGUCGUCAGAAGUGGGCUAGCAAGGGUCUAAAGAGAAGUGUGACGUAAAAAAACCACACCCUUGAAGGCCCCUCACAUGGCCGAUGCAGUAUCAACCAACAACGACGGGCUUGUUGAGUAGUGCCCUCUCGCGCUGAAAUAGUUAUCCAUUGUUCUCGUCCGGCUGUCUGCGCAGCUGCUUCUCCGGACCGGACUCAAGCUCUCCUGGCAAGGCUGUAGUUUCCAAAGCGCCGUGGUUUUAGCCUUGGUUUUGUUUCGAUACUUACUCCCACUUUUCCGGCGCCGCAUACGUGGACCCGUCGGGAAAGCAUAUCUUGUGCCUGCGUCACCUGCCGCCAAGGGGUACGUCUAGCGGUGCAUACUCUGAAAUACUGUAUGGUGUGCGCCCGACGCACAUAGGCAGCCAACGGGCAGGCGCGCCGCUUUGUUCUCUGAACCGCCUCCGGAAACUCGGCGCAGUUGCUUUUUUCUUCUCUCUCGGAGCAGCCCCGCACUAAAAGAGGAGAUUCUGCUGCAUGAUACAUGCAUCACCGGCAGCCCCCCAACAUCUGCUGCACCGCACGCGCCGAGGGGAGUGAACCUCCUGCGCAGGCACCGGGGAUAGGGGACGGCAGACGGGACAGGACAAGGAUAUAAACUCCCUCAUAGACCCCCUAAAAAACCACACAAAACCAUAAAAGAAAAAAAAGAAAAAAAAGGCCAUGGCCGCAGACAGUCCAGCAGCCGCAACCCCGCGGCGCCGGCGCAUCGCGCUCGGGUGCGAGGGCAGCGCCAACAAGCUCGGCAUCGGCGUCAUCGCGCACGAGGACGACGGCCCGGGCCCCGCCGUGGUGCUCUCCAACGUGCGCGACACCUUCGUGUCGCCUCCUGGCACGGGCUUCCUGCCCAAGGACACGGCGGCGCACCACCGCGCCUUCUUCGCGCGCGUGGCCCUGCGCGCCCUGCGCGACGCCGGCGUCCGCCCCGACGACCUCGACUGCGUCUGCUUCACCCAGGGGCCCGGGAUGGGGGCCCCGCUCACGUCGGUGGCCGUCGGGGCCCGCACCCUGGCCCUGCUCUGGGGGAAGCCUCUGGUCGGGGUCAACCACUGCGUGGGCCACAUCGAGAUGGGCCGCGCCAUCACGGGCGCCGACGACCCCGUGGUCCUGUACGUCAGCGGCGGCAACACCCAGGUCAUCGCCUACGCCGAGCAGCGGUACCGCAUCUUUGGCGAGACGCUCGACAUCGCCGUCGGCAACUGCCUCGACCGCUUCGCCCGCACCCUGCGCAUCAGCAACGACCCCGCGCCCGGCUACAACAUCGAGCAGCUGGCCAAGAAGGGAAAGGUCCUGUUGGAUCUGCCAUACGCCGUCAAGGGCAUGGACUGCUCCUUCUCGGGCAUCCUGACGCGCGCCGACGAGCUGGCGGCGCAAAUGUUUAAACAGCAGCAGCAGCAGCAGCAAACACCUCAUUCUCCCCAAGACUCCACCACAAUCAUAACCCCCGAGGAUCUCUGCUUCACCCUGCAGGAGACCGUCUUCGCCAUGCUGGUCGAGAUCACGGAGCGCGCCAUGGCCCACGUCGGGAGCCGGCAGGUCCUGAUCGUCGGCGGCGUCGGCUCAAACGAGCGCCUGCAGCAGAUGAUGGGCGCCAUGGCCCGCGACCGCGGCGGCAGCGUCUACGCCACCGACGAGCGCUUCUGCAUCGACAACGGCAUCAUGAUCGCCCACGCCGGCCUGCUCGCCCACGCCACCGGCUUCGAGACGGCCCUGGCCGACAGCACGUGCACCCAGCGCUUCAGGACCGACGAGGUCCACGUCAAGUGGAGGGACUGAGUUGACUGAUGGAGCUGACCGAUGGACGGCGUACAUGUUUGUGCUCUUUGCUUCUCACAUCCGCCCCAUUUUGGGCCCGUGGAGGGUACGGCGCGCAAUCGGCGUCUCCUACCUAGUGUAAUAAUAGCAGUUGAUGGAGCAGCAUAAGAAAUAUCCUGUCUGAUCGUUUGCGGAUUCUAUCUCGUGUGAUACAAGCCAGAUGACCUUCUCAUCGCAUUGACGUUCUACUCCAGCGAGAAAGGGCGACGCUUGAUAACGAAAUAGGGGUGGAGACGAGAAGAAAAGAAGAACAUAGGACAGGAGGAAGGAAGGACAUUAGAAACAAGAAAAGCACACUGGAACUGGAUAUGAUGCAAGAAAUAUGAUGGAAUAUCUAUUGCCAGCAGACAAACAACUACUCUGCAUCCUUUCCCUUCACACAGCGACCUCCCCAAAAAUGAUGUUACCAAAGCGCA